UCUUUAUCUCUGAGGUGUUCAGUCUCCAGUCUACCAACUGGUCUCUGUUACUUCAUCUUUGUCUCUGAGGUAUUCAGUCUUCAGGUGAUGAUGGGGGUGUUGCAUCUCUCUGCUCUCUUUCUUCUUUCUCUCCUAUGUCCUGGACUCUCUCAUGUGGUGGGCCAGUUCCAAAAAAAUUGCGAGACAUUCUUUUUGAAUGGGAAAACUCCCAAUAUUCCACGUAUUUUGGUUCAAGGGACUGUCCCAAACACGAAACAGAAUAACCGCUACGAACCAAUCUGUCAGUUCUACCACAACGAAUACAGGUUUGCGACUCUCUACGACACAACCAACAGGAUCCCUGUGUUCUCAGCCUACAAGUUCACUGGUGACGGAGGAAAGAGACCAGAUCCAGAACCAUGGAUGAUAGAGCCCCAGCUCGAAGGUGAUGAAGCAGAUAAAUCAAUGGCUGAGGAGUCUAGGGGUGUCCAAUAUAGACGUCAGGCUACAAAACAGGACUACAUUAACUCAAAAGGUGUGAAUAGAGGUCACCUGUUCCCUAGUAUGCACGCUGAUGGUGUUGAUGCCAAGGAGUCCACCUUCACCCUGACCAACAUCGUACCCCAGGUAGUGACCUUCAAUAAUGGCAGUUGGGAGGACAUGGAGACAAAGGUCAAAAAUAUUAUGAAACAAUCUUGUAAGGAUAGUAAUAACCAAAACAAAAUAGAGGCCUAUGUGGUGACCGGAGCGGUGCCCAGUAAGAACAACAAACUGAACAACCAGGUAAACAUCCCAUCUUUCAUAUGGACCGCCUUCUGCUGUAAGUACUCGACCAAUCAGAAGACCAUUCAGUGGCAUUCUGGAGCACACUGGGGAGAGAACAGAAAGAAGGGUUUGAAGGGUAGAACCGUUCCUCUCUCAGUGGCAGAACUGAAUAGCAAGCUUACAGAGAUAUACAGAAAAGAGAUAGACAAAAGAGGUGAUGUCCAGGUGUUUCCAAAAGAACCCAAAUGUCUAAAACCAAAAGAGUCUUUUUGA